AGGCCGCUGCGCAGGCCUCAGGUUGAGAAGAUAAUUGUAUUCUGUCAAGCAUUCUUCCAGGACACCAAUUGUCCUUCCGCUCUUUUUUCAUGGCACAGGCCAUCUCAUCCGGUCGUCGGUCAAGCUUGGACUCUCUGGCAGGCUCACCAAUACUAUCGCCAACGUCGCCAGCGUCUCCAUACUCACCAACUGAUAGUGUAUCUGUCCGUGAUUCAUCUUCAGCGCUCGUGCUCCUUCCCAACCAAGAUGACGAAGAUUCUUUUGAGUUCAGUAGCGAUGAAGAACAUGACGAACAUGACCCUCAGCUGGAGAUUGCGAAGCUUGCCAUACCUCCUCUUCCGGCUGCCACAGUCUUUCUGUACCUUUUGGCGCCAUACCUCAGACUUGGUGCCAUCCUCGUGCCAAACGGUAUCACCUCGCUGAAAUUUGGGCUUGUGAAUCUCUUCGUUGCUGCAGCGUUAUCCAUCUUCUCUCGCAACCUAUGGUUCCUUCUGGCAAGGUACCUGCGGAAGAGUACUGCGGAGGACAUUUUCUUUGAGGUGAUUGCGAAAAGCAUUAGUAGGGCCAAGCGCAGGCGACGUGAAAGGAUUCGACGACUACUUCUUUGCGUCACUGGAUCGUUAAGAAUAUUGAUGGCAUCUAUGUAUUUACGCGCAUCUGUGGACUCCGUUUAUCCACUUCUACUCCAGGCUCUUCCUGUACAAACCCGACUUAUCACCACUUUGGCAUUGGGCCUGCUCAUAUUUGUUGUAUCUUUCCCCAAGUCUCUAGCAUCGAAGCAAGUUAUCUGCACAACGUGGCUAUCAAUAAUCUUAUACACCGCGUGGUUAGCCGCUGCGCUGUAUAACCAUAUGACUGGCACCAUGAUGCCAAGCCCCAUUCUGGUGCAACAUGGCGUGCUCUGGAAUGGCACCACUUCUAUUGCGUUUUCGUUCGCAACUUCGCUAACGGUUCCCCUAUCUACUUCUCUGGCUGGGCGACCUUCUACACCAUCAAACAAGACGGACAGAGGCACAUAUUUCCAGAUGCUGUGCAUCUUAUCGACAAUCAUAGCGACCCUCCUUAUACUUCCAUCAAUUUUGACGGCCUCCUUGCCCAAUGUUCCAGGAGCGCUCAGCGAUACACGUAAUAUUAUAGUUCACGUCCUUGGGGCAUCUUCUCUCUUGUUGUCCAUUCCUCCCGUGUUGGUUUCUAUACGUCCUCUACCAGUUCCACUAGCUGUACGGAGAGUUUGUAAACUGGACCUCAGCAAGGCCACUCUCAUAUUCGUUGUUGUAUUACUCAGCUUGGCCCCUCCAUCAAUAGCGGCAUUCCUUAAUGACCUCACUAUAUUGUUGGCCCUUUGUGGAAGCUAUUUCCUUCCAGCAUUGGCACACAUCACAAUCCAUUACUUCCGGCGGCCUAUAUCUAUCGUGAUCCCUCCCUCGGUCCCGAACACACCACAAACCAUACAAUCACCUUCUCCGUCACACAGUCCAGACGCCCUUCUCCAGCGCAAAGAGAGGCUGCUCCAGCGAAGGCGGCUUGGAAGACGAGUGUUAUGGGAUGUUGGCGUUUGGUUGUUACUGAUACCCAUCAGCGUAUUUGGAAUGGUUUGGGCGGGUGGCCGAUUGGUUGGAAAAUGGUAGCUUUCGCAGCAGCGUGCGGUCCCGCAGAAUAGACUUUACGUGUUUCUAGAAUCGAGCGUUAUUCUAAACGAGGACUUCCCUUCGGUCGGCUCUACGAUGAUAUAUUGUGUUUACAGUGGGAAACACAAUUUCAGCAUGAUCUCUGCAAAUAGACAGUGUGUCUCGCAUUCUCACUCUCGGCAACGUUGUGCACAAUUGACCGCCUCGGAGCGAAGAGAUCAGUCCGGGGGUCGAGCACGGUUCGUCAAAUCUUGAUAUCUCAAAUCAAACGUAAUUGCACGCGGGUCGCAGAGGAAACUAUCUUCGAUUCGCUAUCUAUGACGAACGGUUUGGAUGGAAUACGGGGGAUGCCGCGGCGGUUACAUAUCCCAGGAUUGCAAGGUAGUCGGGUGUAUGUUCUGAUUCUACAUUCAAGUUGCUUC